AUGAGCGAAUCUCCAACGCGGUGCGCCUGGGAGACGGACGCGUCGCAGCACACGCCGUCGAAGCGCCAGCGGCGCGAGGCGGCGGCGGCGACGCCGGCGACGCCGGCGGCGCCGCCGUCGCUGCGCCAGCGCGGCGUGAGCCUCGCGCGCGUCGCGGCGGACGUGGGGUCCCUGGCGGCGGCGACGUCGCGGCACCCGCGCUUCGCGUCGGCCGAGCUCUACGGCCCGCUCCUCGGCGCCGCGGACGCCGGGGCCGCCGGCGCGCCGUGGCUCGAGCUCGCCGCGGCGCCGCGGCCGGGAGGCGACCGCGUCACGUGGCUCUGCGUCGACGUCGAGAUGUGCGAGCGCCGUUCCGACGGCGCGCGGUUCCCGCUGGCCGUCUGCGCCGUCGCGCUGACCUGGGAGGCGGCGGCCGGCGGCGUCGCCGCGGCCGCGCGGACCGUCGUCGAGGGCCUCGUCGACCCGGACUGCGGCGAGGCGCUCGGCUGGCGGUCGCCGGACUACGGCGACCGCCUGGCCUGGAAGGACGAGGUCCACGGCCUGGCCUGGGCGGACCACGUCGCCGCGCCGGCGCUCCUCGGGCUCGGCGACGUGCAGCGCGCGCUCGCGGCCGCGCUCGCGGCCGCGUGGGACGACACGACGUUCCUCGUCGGCCACAAGCUCUCCGCGGACCUCCGCGCGCUCCGCGUGCGCGGCGGCGCGCUCCGGCGCCGCUCCAUCGACACGGUGCUCCUCCACUGGGCGCCGCGGGCCGCCGCGCCGGGGCUGCGGGCGCUCCUCGCCGACGUGCCCGAGGGCGGCGCGGCGCGCGCCGCCGCGGGCCUCGGCGCGCGCGCCGAGGGCCCGGCCCACGACGCGGGCGCCGACGUCGCCGCGACGCUCGUCGUCGCCCUCCACGACCUCCUGCGCUGCGCGGCGGGCCUCGACGCGGGGCCGUCGUUCGCGCCGCGCGCGGCCGCCGCGCCGCGGCGGCCCCGCGCGGCCGUCGACGCGCCCGCGCGGCUCGUCGGCCGCGUCAUCGGCAAGCGCGGCGCGGCCCUCGCGGCGCUCCGCGGCGCCCACCCGGCCGUCGACGUCGACGUCGACUCGGACGCGGCGGCGGGCGGCGGCAGCCGCGUCGUCGUCGCCGGCGACGACCCGGCGGCCGUCGCCGCGUGCCUCGACGCGCUCGCCGCCCGCCUCCAGGCCGAGCUCAAGGCCAUGGGCGUGUCGACGCUCGGCAUGCUCGAGAAGACGGAGCUCGUCGCCGCCUACGCGCAGGCCGUCGGCGAGGGCAAGACCGCCGCGGCGCCCGACGCCGCGGCCGCGCCGGCCGCCGCGGCCGCGCCGGCGGCCGCCGCGAGCGGCCCGAGAGACGGCGGCGGCGGCGACGAUUCGGCGGCGGCGGCGGCGAAGAUGCGCGUGUCCCAGCUCCAGGCCGAGCUCAAGGGCAUGGGCGUGUCGACGCUCGGCAUGCUCGAGAAGUCGGAGCUUGUCGCCGCGUACGUCGCCGCGGUCGCCGCGGGCGCGACGCCGGGCGGCGGCGACGACGAGGAGCGCGUCUUCGACCCGGACGUCAUCGAGCUCAAGACGACGAAGAUGCCGCGCGCGGGCGACGGCGCCGGCGGCGCGGCCGACGGCGGCGGCGGCUCGCCCUUCGGCGGCGGCUCGCCCUUCGGCGGCGGCGGCUCGCCCUUCGGCGGCGCGGCCGGCGGCUCGCCCUUCGGCGGCGCGGCCGGCGGCUCGCCCUUCGGCGGCGGCGGCGGCGGCGGCGGCGGCGGCUUCGACAUCGGCUCCCUCUUCAACAUGAUGGGCGGCAUGGGCGGCGGCGGCGGCGGCGGCGGCGGCGGCGGCAUGGCCGGCCUCCAGGGCCUCCUCCAGAAGGCCAUGGGCGACCCGAAGCUCAUGGCGACGAUCCAGCAGGCCGCGCAGAACCCCAAGGUCAUGGCCGCGGUCCAGGACGUCAUGGCCAACGGGCCCGGCGCCGUGAACAAGUACGCCAACGACCCGGAGAUCAAGCCCAUCCUCGACCAGCUCAAGGGGAUCCUCUAG